UGAACAUUGUCUUCCCCACAUCUCCAUAUACAGAGAUACUCCGCAGGAUUUGAAACCGAUACGCUUGUAAUUGAAGGCAACCCCAGUCAGCUCAUCCGUCUCCACCGUUUCAAUUUUGGCCAGACCGUUUUCAUAGUCCCAAUGUCGACCCCGGAGCAAGAAGCUAAGCCGCUUGAGAAUGGCGAGGGCGAGGGAGGAGAUCCAAGCGGCUUUCUGACAGAUAUUCUCGGCUCAGAUGUCACGGUGAAGCUGAACUCGGGGAUAGUCUUCACGGGAACACUUCAGUCAGUGGACGGGUAUAUGAACAUCGCUCUCGAAGGUGCCAGGGAAUACCUCGACGGCUAUGCAGUUCGCCAAUAUGGUGACUCGUUCAUUCGCGGCAAUAACGUGUCUUACAUCUCCGCUGGGAAAAGCCCUAACCUGAAGAACUGAGCUCGUGUUUACUUGUGGUGGCAAACAGCAAGGCGUCAUGGAGCCUGGGUUACAUAGAUAUGACAGAUCAACAUGCGAGGAUUUAGCUCAUGCUCCAGAUUACCCUUAUUAUGAUUCUGUAUGAACUCAAACAUGUCACUACCCUGAAUCGGACUGCUUUCCGUGUAUCUGAUGGCCUUUGAUGGAGGGUCCGGAUAAGAAAUUGAGCGUUUAAGAGCUCCGUAUACAAUGUAUGUACUUUCACU